AUGUCGCAACGGGUUUCUGGAACGGCCUUCGAACGCGACUCCUGCAACUUCCACGACUAUUCGGCGUCUUGGGAGAGCCACGACGACGACGACCAGAACGUUGGGUAUGCCUCCCAUCAACCGGCAUUCGUUCCCAUUUCGGUCCCUGGCGAGUGCUCUGGGCCCUUCCAUCAGCCAGUCGUCGAUCACAACUACGCCUCCUUUCCCCAGCAAGUUGCACAAGCCAAUGAAACUCUUCCCCUUGGGCAGGCGGAACACGCUGGACCUCAAUACCCCUGUCAAUACAACCCCUGGGACCAUGCCACCCCCAAUGUCUACCGUCCUGGAGGGUUCAAUCUCGACGCUGGUUCCCACGACCCGUUGAACUUUGCAUACGAUGGAAUUGCAACGGAACCUGUCUUCCCAAUGGCUUCGAUGGCACCCGUCUGGGACUUCGACAACAACCAGAACUUUGAUCAGCUAGACAUGUCCAUCCCAGCUGGCGCUCAGCUGAACUUAGCGCCCUAUUCAGCAAUGGUCUCAGCCCCGCCAGCCCCGGUCCCUGCUCCUGCUCCUGCUGCAGCAGACCGUAUCGGCUGUCCACAUGGAUGUCCAGCAACCUUUGGUCGCGGCGGAGAGUAUCGUCGCCACAUGAUGAUUCACGAGCCUGCCAGGUAUAGAUGCCCCAUGGUCGAUUGCCCCAAGACGUUUUCUCGCGCAGACAAGCUUCGCGAUCAUGCCAAGAAGGGUCAUGGAGGUCGCAACCCUUUGCGCCUGUAG